AUGAGUGAAAAUCAUGAAGAAAUAAAUGAUUUAAUAGAUAAAUCAAUAAAAGAUCGUCUACGAAAUGAAUUAAAUGCAACUGAUGAUGAAUUAAAAUAUUUAGAAAAAUUAUUAAAAAUUCAAAAAGAAAAAAUGAUUGAAUACAGAAUAAAUCAAGAUAAACCAUCUAUUAUAAUUGAUGAUUUUCUUUAUCAUGGAGAUUUAGCUCAUGCUAUUGAUAUUAAUUUACUUUUGGAUCUUAAUAUUAAAUAUAUAAUAAAUAUAUGUGAUUGUCCAUUAGAUAAUGAAAUUCAUCAGAUUUUUAAAGUUUUAUGGAUAAAAGAUUUAGAUGAUCAUUUUCAAGGAUCUAUUAGAAAACAUUUUGAUCGAACAAAUCAAUUUUUAUUGAAAUGUAAACAAAACAAUGAUAAAGUAUUAGUUCAUUGUCAAGCUGGAAUAUCUCGAUCAUCUUCAAUUAUUCUUGCAUAUUUAAUCAGUAUUGAUAAAUUAACUUUAGAAAAAGCUUAUGAAUAUUUACUUGAACGACGACCAAUUGCUGCUCCUAAUUAUGGUUUUAUUAUUGAAUUAAUUCGAUAUGAAAAUGAAAUAAAACAACAACAACAACAACAAAAUUCAAUUAAAUCUAUCGAAGACAAUUCACAGAAUAAAUCAACGAAAUUAUAG